GCCCCCGGGAGAGGGAAAGUGCAGAGCAGCGUGUGUAGUGAGGACAGAGCAAGCUUUGAGUCUGUGGCUUAUGGGUGUUUGCCCUGCCCCAUCCUGGAAUAAGAACUCGAUCCCCAAAUUAUUCCCCCCUCCGCUGCCAAAGACUAUGGAGUCACACAAACACCUCCUUAUCCUCCUCUCUCUCCUCCUGGAACCAGGGACAAUAUCAUCUUUUAAUAUCGACACCAGGAGACCACGUAUCUUCCGUGGGCCAGAAGAAGCUCAGUUUGGAUACAAGGUUCUCCAACAUGAGGCUGAAGGUCAGAAAUGGAUGUUGGUGGGGGCCCCGUGGGACGGCUCGGAGGACAACAGACAGGGAGACGUGUACAGGUGCAUUGUGGGUGAUCGGAGCAAUUCCUCCUGCACUAAAGUCAACCUGGGGGAACUGGCCCUGGGGAACAUGUCGGGUCAGAUGAAGAAUAUGCACUUGGGAAUGGCGCUGACACCUGACUCACAAGGUGGUUUUGUGGCUUGUGCCCCCCUGUGGUCCCAGGAGUGUGGGACUUCAAUGUACAGCACUGGGAUUUGCGCCAGUGUCGAUAAAACCUUCCGCCCUUCUGGGACCAUCGCACCUACUGCCCAAAAAUGUUCCACCUACCUGGACAUUGUGAUUGUACUGGACGGGUCCAACAGUAUCUACCCCUGGUACGAGGUGCAGAACUUCCUCAGCAACAUCCUCAGCAAGUUCUUCAUUGGCCCAAAUCAGAUACAGGUGGGGGUGCUCCAGUACGGAGAAGUGGCAGUACAUGAGUGGUCCCUCAAGGACUACAGCUCCUCCCAGCAAGUCAUGAGAGCGGCUAAGAACAUCAGUAGGCAAGAAGGACGGGAGACCAGGACGGCGUUCGCCAUCCAUGAGGCCUGCACAGAAGCUUUUAGCCAGGAGAGGGGCGGCAGAGAAGGGGCAAGUAGACUCCUCAUUGUUGUGACUGAUGGAGAGUCCCAUGAUGGAGAUGAACUCCCGGUGGCACUGGCAGAAUGCGAGAAGAGAGACAUCACGCGUUACGCAAUAGCGGUGUUGGGUCACUACACAAGACGCCAACAGGACCCUGAUUCUUUUAUCAACGAGAUCAAGUACAUCGCCAGUGACCCAGACGAGAAAUACUUCUUCAACGUCACAGACGAGGCGGCAUUGAAUGAUAUCGUGGAUGCCCUUGGGGACCGAAUCUUCAGCUUAGAAGGGACGCAUGGCUUCAACGAGAGUUCAUUUGAGCUGGAAAUGUCGCAGGCCGGGUUUUCCAUACAUCCGCUGGAGGACGGGAUCCUAUUUGGGAUGGUGGGAGCAUAUGACUGGGAUGGGGCAGUGCUUAAAGAGUCCAGCUAUGGCCGAGUCCUGCCCCCGCGUUCUGCCUUUCAGAAGGAGUUCCCGGUGAAGAUGAAGAACCACGCUGCCUACUUGGGUUACACUGUGUCUUCCAUCACCCUGCGCAAUGGAAGGAGCUUAUAUGUAGCUGGGGCCCCAAGGUUUAAACACAAGGGCAAAGUCAUUCUAUUUGAGAUGCCCUGGAAUGGAGGUUUAACCAUUUCACAAGCUCUGGUGGGGGAGCAGAUUGGCUCAUACUUUGGCAGUGAGGUUUGUCCUGUGGAUGUGAAUGGAGAUGGUGCCACGGAUGUCUUGCUCGUGGCUGCACCAAUGUUCCUGGGACCCCAGAAUAAAGAAUCAGGACGUGUUUAUAUGUACAGGGUGGGACAGAUGUACCUGAGCCACAAUGGCACCCUCCAGCCGGACCGUAGGAUGCAAGAUUCCCGCUUUGGAUAUGCAAUGGCUUCCAUCCUUGAUCUAAACCAUGAUGGGUUCAAUGACGUAGUGGUGGGCGCACCUUUAGAAGACAACCACAUGGGGGCAGUAUAUAUUUAUCAUGGGUAUCGGAGCACGAUCCUGCCCACCUACAAGCAGAGAAUAGAUUCCUCCUCCCUCCAGUCAGGACUGCGAUACUUUGGACGCAGUGUGAGCGCAAAGAUGGACCUGGAUGGGGAUGGCCUGGUGGAUCUGACAGUUGGGAGCCAGGGGGCUGUCAUCAUGUUGAGGUCAAGGAGUAUCGUUCGAAUUAAUGCCUCCAUGAAUAUUGUGCCCCCCUCAAUUAAUAUGAUCCACAAGAACUGCCUGCGCCACGGCAAGGAGUCCGUGUGUCUGAACAUCACCCUCUGUUUCUCCGUCACGUCCAGAUCUCCCGGAAACUGGGACAGUCGCUUUGGCCUGCAUUAUAACAUCUCCUUGGAUGACCGAAAGAUCACCCCACGGGCCGUGUUUGAUGAGAAUUCCCAGAAGUUUUUAGCCAAGCGAAUCCGAGUGAAUGUGGGAAAGGUCACCUGCAUGAACCUCAGCUUUCAUGUCACUGAAACAGUUGACUAUCUGAGACCAGUUGGCGUACUUCUGCGUUUUAACCUGAGUGAUUCAGAGACCAGCCCAGUGCUAGAUGAUAGGUGCCCUUCAUCUCUCAAAAGGCUGGUUCCGUUCUUCAAAGACUGUGGUGAGGAUGACGAGUGCGUAACAGAUCUUGUCCUCCAGGCACGUAUGGACAUCAAUGGCUCUAGAGAGAAACCUUUCGUUAUACGGAGGGAGAGGAAGAAGGUGGUGGUGGAGGUGUCCAUCGAGAACAAGAGGGAGAAUGCCUACAAUGCCAGCCUGAGAGUCUGGUUCUCCAGGAAUCUCCUGUUCUCCAGCGUUUCCAGAAAGGGAGAAGCCCAGAACAAAGUGGAGUGUACGGCACUGACGGGGAACACCAGGUCCUGCAGCGUCAGCUAUCCUGUCCUGAGGUCGGGGAGCAAGGUGGUGUUUGUCCUGGAGUUGGAAUUCAAUUGUUCCUACCAGCUGAACAGAGUACAGAUCAAACUCAGCGCCAACAGUGAUAACACUGAGCUGAACGAGACGCUUCAUGACAACACGGUGUCCUUCCUGGUCCCGGUCCGAUAUUCACCUGAACUAUAUCUGCUGAGUGAGUCCAGUCUGAAUCGAUACGAGAUUCCAUCACUCCGGACUUCAUAUGAUCUGGGCCCAGAAUUCAGAACAACUUUUAAGAUCCAUUAUACAGACUGUUACCCCAUAUACAAUGUGUCCGUGCAGAUUCGCUCUCCAGCAAUGGCCUAUGGCGGCUCCUCGUUCCUCUCCGUGGGCAGGAUCAUGGCUGACAAUGCCAAGUGUGUCCUGUCCAACGUGACCCGACCCAGAGACCCCCCCUUCCACCCGGAGAAUCUGCUGCACACGGACAUUGUGAACUGCAGCAACAGUUGGUGCGAGACCAUCACCUGUUUGUUCCACACCCUGCAGAGCAAUGCGGAGCUCUCUGUAACUGUGCUGCGCCUCAUUCAUAACCACUUCUUCUCUCAGGCAAAGUUUAAGUCAGUGCGGGUGGUCAGUACCUUCUCCCUGGAUAUAAGAGAAGACGGCAGUUUAUUUACCAGUGAUACAGGACAUCAGCGAGAGAGCAUUCUGGAGAUCUUGCAGCCCAGACUCCUCCCUCUCUCGCUGUGGAUCCUGAUUGGCAGCAUCAUCGGGGGGCUCCUCCUGUUGGCGCUGAUCAUUUUCAUCCUCUGGAAGCUGGGAUUCUUUACCCGGAAGUCACAAGGAGAGGAGAAGGAAGAGGCGCAGGAGCAGUGACGACCCCAGGAGACCUCCUUCCCAUACAGGGUUCCUAUUGCAGAGGUGCAGGGAGUUGCUACGGGCCUGAGAUAUGACUGACGCACCUUUCACCCAAAGGAUUCUGGGAUACUUUAGUGGCUCAGUAGGACCUUAUUUUGUAGAUAGGAACACGGGCCCCUUCUCCUGAGGAGCCACAGUCAGGCCAUUAUAGGGAUCACACAUUCACCAACGGGGGGAAUAAAACUGUGAAAGACUUAAAGUGGUACCUACGGACCAGAAGCAACACCCCCUCUGCUCUUGCACCAACAUUAUUGAUUCCUGCAGGACUAUUGAAUGGGGCUACUUUAUAAUUCCUCCUCUACAGCAGCCCCAGCUUUAGACCAGUCUCUCCUCCCAUGUGAUGAAGCUCCUGUGCAUCGUAUCAACUGGGCAAGAACUGGGAAAGUACUGGGCAUGGGCACACGGGGGGAGAAGUGACCCAGCCACAUUCCAUAAAAGACUAUUUUCUGGGACUUUACUUCCCCUUUAAAUGAACAGGAAUACAAUAAUGUACUCGGCCGGUUAUUUGUGACCCAUGAGUGUUUGCAAGGCUUCCCUCCAAAGAUUCGAUCCUACCUCUAAUUCCCUUCUCUACUUAAAGGGGAAGUUAAUACAUCGAGUAGCAGCCAAAAGAAGACAGAGAGGCAGAAUAGAAACAGCAGCUGAGUGACAAAGCAAGAGACCCCUGUUCAUCCAGUAAAAGAAACCUUCCCUCCCUCCAAGGGAUUAACACGGUACUAAGACGUUUAAUACCAGUAGCAGUGUAUAUUCUCCCUUACUAAAAAGGUACCAAACCCCUUACAUAGAAUGUAAUUGCCAGCCCCUUCUGCAAGAGAAUGUCCUUUUCCACAGCAUCAUUUUGAAUGUGAUUUCUUAACAACCCCUGUACAUAAAAUCUCUAAUACAGGGAGCAGUGAGUCAGACUUGCAAGCCUAUAAG